AUGUCCCACUCCAAGCCUGUGCUUCCGCAAAACGACAAUGUUGCCCACGCCCUUGCCGGUGCUGGCGGCGGCGUCCUGUCUAUGGCCCUCACCUACCCCCUCAUAACCCUCUCGACCCGCGCCCAAGUCGAAUCCAAGCGCGCCGAGACAGCCUUCCUCGCCGCGGUUCAGAACAUCAUCGCGCGCGAGGGCGUGGCGGGCCUCUACUCGGGCCUGUCGUCGGCCCUGUUCGGUAUCAGCGUGACCAACUUCGUGUACUACUACUGGUACGAAUGGACGCGCGCCUUCUUCGAGUCGGCCGCCGCCAAGGCCGGGCGCGCCUCCAAGAAGCUGACCACCGUCGAGAGCAUGAUCGCCGGCGCCAUCGCGGGGUCCGCAACCGUCAUCCUCACCAACCCGAUCUGGGUCGUCAACACGCGCAUGACAGCCCGCAAGCACACGAGCGACGCCGAAGCGGCCGAGGGGGAUAAGGACACCCUGCCCGGCGGCGCGCCGCCCAAGCGGGAGAAGAAACCCAGCACCAUCGGCACGCUGCUCGGCCUGCUGCGCACCGAGGGCCCGCGGGCGUUGUUCGCCGGCGUGGUGCCCGCGCUGGUGCUGGUCAUCAACCCGAUCCUGCAGUACACGCUGUUUGAGCAGAUGAAGAACGCGGUCGAGAAGAAGCGCCGCGUGACCCCGACCGUGGCCUUCUUCCUGGGUGCCGUCGGCAAGCUGUUCGCCACCAGCGUGACCUACCCCUACAUCACCGUCAAGAGCCAGAUGCACGUCGCAUCGGGCGACAAGAAGGAGGGCGUCAUCGAGGUCCAUCAACAGAGUAUUGCCCCCAAGGUAACGCAGAGCGUGCUGACGGCGGCUUUCCUCUUCGCCUUCAAGGAUGUGCUCUACGAGCACUCAGUCCGGCUCCGGGGCUCCAUGGCCAAGAAGGCCCUCACUGCUUAA